AACGACUUUUGGUAUUGCACCACCCAUUUUGCUUUCACUAGAAAAGGGUUUGAAUAAAAAAUAAAGAUUUUUUUCCUACAAGCCAAAAGCAUGUAGAAGCUGUCAUCAGCACAGAAAUUUUAAAGCCUAAAAAGAAACCUUUAUAAAUCCAAACAUAAAAAGCUGAACUCUGCCAUUGAGAGAUCGAUCCAAAAACCAAACAGCAAGAAAGCAAAAGCAGACAAGAAAAACAAAGAGAUGAUCAAAAGCAGAGAUGGAAGCAGAAGAUCAUCUACUUCAAGCUACCCUGCAGAUUUGUUGGUUUGUUUCCCUUCAAGAGUCCACUUAGCUCUUACACCUAAAUCCAUUUGUAGCCCAUCUCGUCCCUCCAUCUCCAUCUCCACCACCAACCAUCAUCCCAACCACCGUCGCCAGCUCAGCAAACUCUCCAGCGGCGGUGGAAGAGGACAUGGGAGUCCUGCUUUGUGGGCUAAACAAGCAAGCAGUAAGAACAUGGGCGGUGAGGAAAUAGCCGAACCAACUUCACCUAAAGUCACUUGCGCCGGUCAGAUCAAAGUCCGGCCAAGAAAACGCGGCGGCAAAGGAAAGAACUGGCAAACGGUGAUGGAGGAGAUAGAGAGGAUACAUAGCAAUAAAUCUAAGAGCAAGUUUCUUGGUUUAUUGACUUGUCUAAAGAACAUCAAGUUCGACUUCAGGUGUUUUGGUGAUUUCAGACAUGCUGAUGUCAUCACUAGCGACGACGAUGAAGAAGACGAAGAUGAUGAUGAAGAAGAGAAUACAAAGAAUGUUUUCUCCAAAUGGUUUAUGGUUUUACAAGAGGAAGAGAGUAAGAGCGACGACGACAAGAACAUCAAGAAGUGCGUCGUUGAUGAAAACGCAGACGCAGAACCGGCGGUUCCACCGUCGAACGCGCUUUUGUUGAUGAGGUGUAGAUCGGCUCCGGCGAAGAGUUGGUUAGAAGAGAGAAUGCAAGUGAAAACAGAGCAAGAUACCAAAGAAGAAGAGGUUGGUGUGAAGAAGAAGAAUAAGAAGGAUUUGAGAUCACUAAUGGAGGAAGAAAAGAUGGAGUUAGUGUUGAUGAGUUACGAUACCGAUUAUUACAGACUCUCUUCAGACAUAGCUAAGGAAACUUGGGUUGUCGGAGGAGCUCAAGAUCCUCUGUCUCGGAGUCGUAGCUGGAAAAGCUAAAUAUUUUACUAUUUCUAUCUUUA